AGGAAGGCUGGGACCCGGGGCAAGGCUGCGGCCACCAAGCAGGCCCAACGCGGCUCUUCCAAUGUCUUCUCAAUGUUCGAGCAAGCUCAGAUUCAGGAAUUCAAGGAAGCCUUCAGCUGUAUUGACCAGAACAGAGAUGGAAUCAUCUGCAAGUCAGACCUGAAGGAGACCUAUUCCCAGCUCGGGAGGGUGAGCGUCCCAGAGGAGGAGCUGGACGCUAUGCUGCAAGAGGGCAAGGGCCCCAUCAACUUCACCGUCUUCCUCACGCUCUUCGGGGAGAAACUCAAUGGGACCGACCCCGAGGAAGCCAUCCUGAGUGCUUUCCGAAUGUUUGACCCCAGCGGCCAGGGGGUGGUGAACAAGGAGGAGUUCAAGCAGCUUCUCAUGACCCAGGCAGACAAGUUCUCUCCUGCUGAGGUGGAGCAGCUGUUCGCUCUGACACCCAUGGACCCAGCAGGCCACAUCGACUACAAGUCCCUCUGCUAUAUCAUCACCCACGGGGAUGAGAAGGAGGAGUAG